CAAAUCAGCAGAUAAUUUCGAGUGUUUUGACCCAUUAAAAUACCAUCGCCGAGAACCUCAUUCCUCCGCAAAUACCAUAGUCAAUGGGGGCUCUGAGACUUCCUGCCCUCACUUCAAUCUUCACUUCCUCGUCCUCCGCCGCCGCUAGAUGUUCUCCGCUGCUUCCUCGUUUCCCAUCUCACUUCAACCAACCUCUACGGCGCCUCUCGUCAGGCACUUUCUCUGCACAGAGCACCGCGGAGAAGGGGAUCCUUUCCGAAUCCGAGGAACAUAAGCCUCGAGUCCAGUGUAAGGAGAAUGAAAGAAAGAUAACUCCCAGGUCACAGGACUUCAACGCCUGGUACUUAGAUGUCAUUGCCAGUGCGGAGCUCGCGGAUUACGGUCCUGUUCGGGGCACUAUGGUUAUCCGACCCUAUGGCUACGCGAUUUGGGAGGCCAUUCAGGAAUACUUGAACGUAAAGUUUAAGGAAACGGGUCACAGCAAUAUGUAUUUUCCACAGUUCAUACCAUAUUCCUUCAUUGAGAAAGAAGUAAGCCAUGUUGAGGGCUUUUGUCCUGAAUUAGCUCUUGUAACCAUUGGAGGUGGAAAAGAACUUGAAGAAAAGCUUGUUGUUCGGCCUACAAGCGAAACUAUUGUGAAUCACAUGUUUACUCAGUGGAUUCAUAGUUACCGUGAUCUUCCUCUCAUGAUCAACCAGUGGGCAAAUGUUACGAGAUGGGAAAUGCGUACAAAACCAUUCAUUAGAACACUAGAGUUUCUCUGGCAGGAGGGCCAUACUGCCCACGCCACAGCAGAUGAGGCCGAAAAAGAGGCAAUGCAGAUGAUUGAUGUCUAUGUAAAAUUUGCUUAUGAGCAAGCUGCAAUUCCUGUAAUUGCAGGUCGAAAAUCAAGAUUGGAAACCUUUGCCGGUGCUUCCAAAACCUACACAAUUGAGGCAAUGAUGGGUGACCGAAAGGCUUUGCAGGCAGGAACUAGCCACAACCUGGGUCAGAACUUUUCUCGAGCAUUUGGAACUCAGUUCACUGAUGAAAAUGGGCUAAGGAAACAUGUAUGGCAGACAUCAUGGGCAAUCAGCACUCGGUUUGUAGGUGGUAUUAUUAUGACACAUGGUGAUGAUGGUGGUUUGAUGUUGCCUCCCUGGUUAGCACCAGUACAGGUUAUAAUAAUCCCGAUAUGGAAGAAGGAUGAUGAAAAAACAGGAGUUCUUACAACUGCAUCAUCUGUCAAAGGAAUACUGCAAUCUGCAGGAAUCAAGGUCAAGAUUGACGAUUCUGAACAGAGGACACCCGGGUGGAAAUAUAACUUCUAUGAAAUGAAGGGAGUUCCUCUCAGAAUUGAGAUUGGACCUCGAGAUAUUUCAAGUAGAAGUGUAGUCAUCUCUAGAAGGGAUGUUCCAGGAAAGCAAGGGAAAGUUUUUGGAAUUUCAAUUGAACCUUCAACUCUAGUGCCAUAUGUCAAAGCGAAGUUGACUGAGGUUCAAUCUUCCCUUUUGGAAAGGGCAACAUCUUUUCGAGAUAGUAACAUCGUGGAUGUGUGCACUUACAAUGAGCUCAAGGAGGCAAUAUCUCAAGGAAAAUGGGCAAGAGGACCAUGGUCAGCCAGUGACAGUGAUGAGUUAAAAGUGAAAGAAGAAACUGGAGCGACAAUUAGAUGCUUCCCUUUCGAGCAGCCUGAGGGGUCAAAGAAGUGUUUGAUGACUGGUAAUUCAGCCCAUGAAGUUGCCAUUUUCGCGAAAUCAUACUAGUGGUGGUGCUAAAGCUGAGUCAUUGUGGUAGUAAAACUCAGCUGCGCCAUGAGAUGAAAAAAUUUUCUUUUACGAAUAUCAUCAUUUUAUGUUUUUUUGUGUGAUUAUGAUAGUAAAAGCUUUACGAGCAUUAUCGAUGGAUUUUGGUGACGUUUCAGGCAACACUUUCAUUCUUUUUGUGAAAACAUUGCAGCGGAGUUUGCCACAUGUGGUCAUCGUCGGCAUGACCUUUUUGGCAACAUUUUUUAAAUUUCAUGAUUUUUUUAAAGGCAGGGAGCAUUUGGUAAGAGGGAG